AUGGCUUUGUUAUUCCAGUGGAUUUUCAUUCUGAUGUGCGUGUCACGGACGGCCUCCAAGGCCGGAUGCAACUUGCAAAGUGACUUCCCUGCUGGUGGGUGGCAGAAUGUCAUCACUCAUACCACAAAAUCACCACUUCAAUCAACAAGGACCUCUUUUCACCUCACAUCUCAAUUGUUUAUGACAUACGCGUCUUCUCAUCCAUUGAACUCUACAUCAUUCGCAGCGGAAAUCGCUUCCUCGGGCCGUUCGGACGUGGAGGGUGAGUCGACCUCGCGACAUUCCGUGCCUCUCGACUCCAUUGGGCGCGUCGAGAGCACGGUAACUUUGUCCCAUGGAAAUAGUGUCGAUCCCAGCUUGUCGGUAGUCACAAUUACUGAGGGUCCUGAAAACUCCUCAGCUGUUGGAGAAAAGACUUCGAUUCAAGACAGUGUGUCUGCAAGCCCUUCACAGCCUGGUUCAGAGUUGCAAAUUCAAGCGCCUACUUGCCCUUCAACUUCCAAGGGCCUGGAGCCAACUAUGCUGCUCGAAACAAUCACCGCAUCAACAACAAACUCAACAGAUCAGUUUUUGUCUGUCACCAGCCCCUCAUCUAUUGUGAUCACCUCCCUUCUUUCAGACUCCACAAGCGGAGACUCGAGGCCGGCAUUCAAUGUGUCUUCUCAUCAUCAGCAGGCAACUCUCUCCGAGACUGAAGCCUCAGUGUCUUCAUCUGGCUCCGUCUCCGGUGUGCAUUCUCAACUGAUGAUGGAGAUCAUCUCUGGUUUUCCAACUUUCACAUCUGUUGAUAUCUCAAAGCUCAGAAACAAUGACUCUCUUUCAUCAGCUGCAGUGGGUAGGCUGACUGAUGUCAUUGAUGAAGUGGUAGUUGGCGCAACUGGAGAGAUGGCUGUUAUUUUCAUUGUGCUUCAGAAGAUUCAGAAAAGAAAAUAA